UGCUCUUUGUACCCAUUUUUGUCACUACCCGUUGCCUUUCAGUCCCGCUGGUGUCGCUCACGCAACGAGUGGCCAGGAUGCCUGCCAUUAAUAAGAGAAUAGAAGAAGAAAGUCACUUCCGUAAACACAAGAUGUCUCAGCCUGAAUUAUGUUGUACAACCUCUGAUGCCAUAGAAACAUCUUGUGUGAGUGAGGAUAAAGAAGCUUGUAAAGAUGACUCUGCUGACACAAACAGUAAGUGUGUGGGCACUGACGGUGGCGCUCCAGACAGCAGUGUCAGGGACCGCGUGUUAAGGGAGGUAGGAUUCACCAGCUCUGCCUUCAUCGGUCCAGCAUUUCCUCCACAAACAACUGCAGCCGAGUCUGUCAUUGAAGACUCGCUGAGUGAGUUUUACAAAGAGCUUGAGAAGAUCAAUACCCCUGAUGGUGCUAAUGGUAACCCAGGGAAACAAGAUGCAGCUUUUGAUCAGCCACUUGUACCUACUAAAUUACCCACCAGCAACAAAACUCAGGAUGUUCCUGAGGAGAAAAUUGCUAACAUGAGGGACUUUGAAGAAACAGAUGGCUCCCAAAAACGCAAUGGAAGAAAACAGCCAGCAUGGCCUCACUGGUAUCAAAAUGAGCCAUACAAUCCCAGGAGGCAGAGGCCAGGCCCGGAGCUGAGCUCUCCCCAGUGGCGUCAUCCACAACCACUGGACAGGCCACCACACCUGAGAUUUCAGAGCCCACCAUUCCCUCACCAACCACCACCGUAUGCAUUCCCAAAUCUACAAAACCCACCACCACAUGUGAACCCUACCUUUCAACAUCCAAGCAUGGCAAACCGCUUUCAAGAGGAGCUGCGGUUUCCACCUUUUUAUAGAUUCCCACCUCCAAAUGUUUCCAGACACCACUCUCAGGGAUUUUAUGGAGGUCCUCAACAUCAGUUUGACAGGGAUGUGCAUGGCUCCAGCUAUGAUGGACACUCAGCUAAUGAAAAUGUCAGGUGGCCUAGAGAUAGAAGUGAAGAGCUCUCUCAGUUAAAUGAAGAUUAUGACAGGCUCCAGAGAUGUGAUUCAGAAAAUGAACCUUGGGAGCGACAGCACUACUAUCAGCCGCGUGACGACACACAUGCAUGCCAUUCAGCCCUGGUGCUGAUCUUGAUGCGGGGAUUGCCAGGAUCUGGGAAAUCCACACGUGCCAGGGAGCUGCUCUCCACUGGCCCCAGUGGGAUCAUUUUGAGCACAGAUGAUUACUUUGCACACAAAGAUGGCUACCACUAUGAUCCUAGUCUUCUUGGAGCAGCACAUGAGUGGAAUCAGAGAAGAGCUAGAGGUGCUCUUCAUGAUGGCCGGUCUCCCAUUAUUAUUGAUAAUACAAACAUUCAAGCCUGGGAAAUGAAGCCAUAUGUCAAAAUGGCUUUGGAGAGCGGAUACAAAGUUGACUUUUGUGAACCGGACACCAAGUGGAAAUAUGAUCCUUACGAGCUGGAGAAGAGGAACAAACACGGUGUUCCUCAGGAGAAGAUCGCGCAGAUGAUGGACCGUUUUUCUAUUCCCAUAUCCAUAGACAUUGUCAUGAAUUCAGAAGAACCGUUUCAUGUGAACCAGAGACGUCAACCAGAGCAGCCACAAAUGAUGAGGAAAAAGCCAAAUUUACAUAAUUUCUAAGACAAUUUAACAGCUUCGUAAUUUACCUUGUAUGACCAUUUUUAGAGUAAAUAUUGUGAUUUUUAUAAUUUGUA